CCUGACCCUGCAGCUUCUCGAAAUAUUGGCUUUCUCCCAAGCAAAUGCUGGAAGACCUUUUUUAACCCCGAUUUAAAAAUUCACAACGCAGUCGCCUCUAUAUUCAUUUAAAAACAUCUGUGAAGGACUUCUGGUCUGGUGACAGAAUUCUGGGGAGGUCAUGCACGGGUUGGUUGGUUUUGGCAUCUGAGGGAGAGGUCCUGCGGCUCUGCUUGGACAACCAGUUCAGAAUACGCUGAUGGCUGCUGGAGGGCUCCCAGAGGGAUGAGGCCAUCAGGAGACAGUCUAGACCCAACCUGGGCCCUUGGGCAGCGUCGGCACCUUACAGACGCUGGUCCACCAUCAGUGUUCACGCAGGGCUGACUCUGGGGAGGCGAGGACACUGGCCACUUGCAGGAUUAGCAUUUUAAAUCAGAACUCAGACUGGUGGAAGGACACCUGGAAUCCAGGCUCAGGCCCAGCACAGGCGGGUCUCUGGGGGCUCUGACUCUUGCAUGGAUACCGGGACAGGUGAGUGUACCUGGACAGGUAAGAGUUCGCUGGGGAGACCAACCCUGACCAUGGGCAGCUCCCCAAACCCAGCCUCCACUAGGCAGUAUAGGAGCCGGUAGUCACAUGUGGCUGCUGCAUUUAAAUUUAGUUAAAAUUAAAAAAUCAGUGCCUCCACGGUGCCAUCCACAUUUCAAGCGCUCAGUAGCCCCAAGCGGCUGCAGAACAUUGCACCAUCGCAGAAAGUUCUAUUAGGACGCACCUUCGAGACUGUGCACUGAGCUAUCUGGACACGCCCGGUGCCGGUCCUCUGUAAUCCCGUCUCUCUCGUCCCUGAUGCAGAGUCCACGCGGUAGCCCCGAGGCUCGGCGGCGGUGGCGGCGGCGCGAUGGCUCAGUACAAGGGCACCAUGCGCGAGGCGGGCCGGGCCCUGCACCUGCUCAAGAAGCGUGAGAAGCAGAAGGAGCAGAUGGAGGUGCUGAAGCAGCGCAUCGCCGAGGAGACCAUCAGCAAGUCCAAGGUGGACAAGAAGUUCUCGGCCCACUACGACGCGGUGGAGGCCGAGCUCAAGUCCAGCACCGUGGGGCUAGUGACCCUGAACGACAUGAAGGCGCGGCAGGAGGCCCUGGUGCGCGAGCGGGAGAUGCAGCUGGCGCAGCGCGCGCGGCGGGAGCGGCGGCGCCGGCAGCUGGAGGCGCAGCGCGAGCGGGAGCGCAAGCGCGAGCAGCGGCGCCAGAUCUGCGGCCUGUCCUUCUCCACCGACGACGGCGACGACGACAGUGACGGGGACCGCGAGGCCGCCGAGCCCGCCGGGCCCCGGAGGCCCCUGGGCAAGGACCCGGCCGUGGACACCAGCUUCCUGCCGGACCGCGAGCGCGAGGAGGAGGAGCGGCGGCUGCGCGAGGAGCUGCGGCGCGAGUGGGAGGCGCGGCGCGAGCGCGUGAAGCGCGAGGAGGUGGAGGUGACCUUCAGCUACUGGGACGGCUGCGGGCACCGGCGCGCCGCGCGCAUCCACAAGGGCGGCACCGUGCAGCAGUUCCUCAAGAGGGCGCUGCAGGCGCUGCGUCCCGACUUCCGCGAGCUGCGCGCGGCCGGCGUGGAGCAGCUGCUGUUCGUCAAGGAGGACCUGAUCCUGCCGCACUGCCACACCUUCUACGACCUGAUCGUGGCGCAGGCGCGCGGCAAGAGCGGGCCGCUCUUCACCUUCGACGUGCACGACGACGUGCGGCUGCGCAGCGACGCCACCCUGGAGAAGGACGAGUCGCACGCGGGCAAGGUGGUGCUGCGCAGCUGGUACGAGAAGAACAAGCACAUCUUCCCCGCCAGCCGCUGGGAGCCCUACGACCCCGAGAAGCGCUGGGACCGCUACACCGUCCGCUGAGCAACCCCCCCCCCGCCCCCCGCGUUCGGAGGCCUUGACCUCCCAGCUGAAAAUGAAUAAAGCCCGCGCGGCUUCACUCUG